AUAAUCGUAUUCAACAUGAGAGUGACUCGAUGAUCCACUCAUUCAAUUGAACCUGUACCUGGUAUAGGCAGCACGAAAUAUAUAUCAGUAUCUUUCGUCCUUCUUGCAGUGAUCAGUUUGUAAGUUUUUCGCGAUUACAGGAUCUAUCUAUCUUGCCUGCCCACCACAUCAUGGAGAAGCACCAUGCUCAGACGGAAUAUGCUACUCCCAAACUCAAUCUUCUAGAUUUACCACAAGAAAUUCAAUUGUUGAUAACUUCUCAUCUGAUAUAUCCAGAUGCGCUCUCCCUAAAGCACACCAAUCGAUAUUUCUACUCUUUUGUAUAUACCGGUUUACAUUUGAAGAUAGAGUGGCUGAUUCAGAGACGGCGGCUACAUUUGGAUUGUCCAAGUGACAGUAAAUGUGAAUUGGGGAGUGAUGUUAGAUUUUGUCGAGGGAGUGUUGCCUUGUUGAUGAAGAGGAGAAGAGAACAUCAGGAAUGUGAUAGUAAGCCAGGAGGGAGAGGAUGCCUGGUACUAGGGAGAAAUGUUUGUGUUGAUAAGAAAGAAAGCAAUCAUAUCAAGGUAGUCUGGAGAUACCUUAAAUCGGGAAUUCCUCUGUGGUUAGUAGUGGUGACAGUUGCUUUGCUGGCCAUUGUCAUAGCUCCGACGAAAAUAUCGCCUAUCACGGGAAACCAUUGAUAUAAAAGGGGGGGGAGUCAUUAAGAUAUAUACUGGGGACCUUCGGAACAAAUUUAUCUUGUGAUAAUGUUUAAUUAAGAAGACGGGUAAAAUCAAUGAUGAGGAAAUGAUUCGCAUU